CGCUUUUGACAGUCACGCCCCUACUUUCUACGGCCUUGGGACAGUGCUGACAUAGGCAGCAGCUUACUUUUUACCUGCUGUAGCUUUCUCAUAGCCCAGGUUUAUGGAUACAUUAACGUAUGGCCAUUCUACAAGAUAACAUUGGAUGUUCUUGGUUAACGCACUUGAGCCUAGCGUUGGCGCGAUAAGCAGGCUAGGGGUCAGGUAGAGAUGGCCGCUGCCGGACCUGCAGCUGUAACUAACCGAGGAGCAGAUGGCGUAAGCAGGGAUCAGGCAAUACAGGAGCGGAUAGAAGCAGCUGCGCAGCUAAACGCGUUGCUUUACUCUGAUGUGGAGCGCCAUGUCUCCGCACUCGACCGAGCGGAACAGGAACGUGACGCCUGGGCAGCACACGCAAAGGACUUGGCACAGAAAGUAGUCCAGUUGCGAAAGCACAUCGCCAGCCUGGAGCGCGCGUACACAGCUGCCACAGGGCAACAGCCAUCAUCGUUGAUGGACAUCACCAGCGACAAUGCAGAUGAGGACGCCCGACAGCUGGCCGAGCUUCUGCAGCUCCAGACCUCAGCAGCACCGGGACUUGAAUCCGAUCUUGGAGCUGGUCCCGGGCCCGGGUCGGCUGGGUCAAGCACGGCAGUUGCUCCCUCGCAAACCCUGCAGCAGCAGCGGUCCACGGCUGCAGUCCUCUAUCCUGCCUCCCAGCUCUCCGCAACGGCAGAGGUGAAAGCAGCACAAGCUGCGGCAUCCCCUGCGUCUGCUGCAGAAGCAGGUUCCGGAGCGGGAGCCGAUGCAGGGUCAGCAGCAACAACGUCGUACAUUUCCAUAAACCCGACGCCCAAUCAGCAACGGGUGCUUGAGGGGCUGGUACGGCGGGGCCAGGCCAUGGGAUGGCUCAUACAGCAGAGCGAGGUGACCCUUGGGUCGGUCCUAGGCGAGGGCGAGUUCGGGGUGACGUACCUGGGCUCCUGGCGGCACGCGGCGGUGGCGGUGAAGGUGGUGCGACUCAGACAUGCGGCGGAGCUGACGUCAUUCCUGCGGGAGGUUGAGAGCAUGUCGUACAUCCGUCACCCGCACGUUGUUCCCUUCCUGGGGGCGUGUCUGUCGGCCCCGGACCGGCUAUCGCUGGUGUCCGAGUACAUGCCGAACGGAACCCUGUCCGACUGGCUGCACCCCGGUGGCCUGCCCGGUCCCGGCAGCUCCAGCGGCGGGCUGCUCCGGCCCACCCCGCCCCUCCUGGAGCGCCUCCGCAUGGCUCACCAGGUGGCCCUGGGCAUGUGUGCGCUGGAGGGCUGCCGGCCCGCCGUACUUCACCGGGAUCUGAAGCCCUCCAAUGUGUACCUGGAUGGGGGCGGCGCGGCGCGACUGGGGGACUUUGGGCUGAGCAGGAGGCUGCUGGCGGAGGGGCGGGCGUCGCUGACGGGGGAGACGGGGACGUAUUUGUACAUGGCUCCGGAGGUGAUCAGGCACGAGGUGUACGACAGCAAGGCUGACGUGUGGAGCUGGGGCGUACUGCUGUCGGAGUGUAUCACGUGCGCCAUGCCGUACAGCCACAUGUACAUGACUCCCGUACAGGUAGCCAUGGCGGUUUCGGAGGAGCACCUGGCGCCAUCGGUGCCGAGCAAUGUGCAUGAGGAGGUUCAGUUGGUCCUGCGGCUGUCCUGCCAGUUCGAUCCGGAGAUGCGUCCCGACUUCGCCAGCCUAGCGGACAUGCUGGGAGCGGCUAUCAAACGCAUGGAGGUGCAGCAGGCUGCCCGGCCCACGCUGCUGUCUUCCAUCCAGGCCAGCCUGCUAGGCGGCUGGAGCAGCGCAUGGGGCUCAGGGACGUCCUAUCCCAAGCAGCACCAGCGGCAGCAACAACCGCAGCAACAGCAGCAGCGGGCGAAGCAGCAGACACCACAGCUUGAAGGGCAAACGAGAGGGACGCGGGUAGCAGCGGGACCGGCCUCUUAGCACACGCAGCGGAAGACGAAGGCCUCUGCGCUACGUGGCUUGGGCCAUCUUGGGCGUUAGUUAACAAUAGUCUCGGCGGUGAAGGAGCUAGGUCUCCAAGGCGGUUAUGUAGGGCACAAAAGGCAUGUCUUAUAUUUGUAUCAAGGAUCAGCCUCCAUAUUCACAGCAGCUGCGAGCUAACGGCGGUGGCGUGGUUGCAUAUGAUGCGCAGGACGUGCGGUUGGUGGUUGGGUUUUCCAUGUCAGCAUGUAUGUUGUCGGGUCCUUUAUGGGUUUGGUACGCUGCCGAUAUCUCAGUGUUAGAGCGCUAGGGUUGGGUCAGCAAAGUCUGUUACGGGUUAGGAUUAGAGGAUGGUGAGUCCCCGAGAAAACUACUAACUUCGGAGCGGUGUCACAGAUGCUUUACCCGGUGCAAUACUGAAACAUUCUCUGCC